UGGACUCUGUGACUACGUUUACAUGCAAAAUUUGGGUUAUUGCUAAUAUUCCGGUUACUGAAACAUUGGGAAUAUUCCGUUUACAUGGUAAUUUAUCAUUCAGGAUAUCUGGAUCAAACCAGCGAUGCACGGAGAACGUCAUGACGCAAUUCCCGUUAUUUCCACUUCUUCUUCCUGUAUCCAAAUUCAAAACAAAUGCUGCUUCACGCAACUUUGCUCUCACCUUCUUGUAAAUCUUAUAUCCCGGUACUUUCUACCGUCUACAAAUGCAGAAAUGUUCAUAUCCUUCAUUACAUUUAUGAAGUGAUUAGUCUCCUCCUGGUCUUGGUUUCUCCGUGUUUAGAAGAACUUCCUGGACUCAAAAGACCAGGGGCCUCAUGUACUAAGAGUGCGUGGAUUUCAACGUGAAUCCGUGCGUGGAAUUAACAAGACCGCAAAAAUUCAUAUGUACAAAGCUGUGCGUACGCCCAAAUCCACGCAGUUUUCUCUGUACAUCACAAUCAGCGUGGAAUUGAGCGCACAUGCGGGAGCGCAAAACUCCGCCCUGACGCAUGAUCAUGAGUAUAAAACAGCAAGUGCAAAUCGGCCAAAUAAACUUUAGAAAUGGCAAAAGCAACCAAAAAGAGAAGAUUCACAGAGUGUGAGCUGGAAACGCUUUUAACAGAGGUGGAGGCCAGGAAGACCGUCCUUUUUGGCUCCCUGUCCUCUGGGAUAAAUACAAAGAAGACAAAAGGCGAGUGGGAUCUUGUGGCUGUGUCCGUAAACGCUGUGGGGUCGGAGCACCGCAGCCCACAGGAAUUAAAAAAGAAGUGGUCGGACAUAAAGAUGGAGGUAAAGAGGAGAGCGGCUGCACACCGGCGAAGUGCGGCCAUGACGGGUGGUGGAGCAGGAACGGAGGCGCUCACCCCUUUUGAGGAGCGCGUGUGCGCAAUCGUGGGUGAGACCGUCCUCACAGGAUUCCUAUCUGUCCCUGAGGGCGACUCCGUCUCAUUUGAGCAGCUAAAUGAAGAUGAUGCCGAACCGGGAACCUCGGGGGUCACAGCAUCCUCCCUCCCAUCUGAGGAACCCCGCGCCACCGGUGCCUCCAGUCCUGAGGUCCGUCCGACCGGCCUCAUGCUGACGCAGGCGGUCCUGGAUAUUCACGACAGGAUCAGUCGGGGAAUUGACCAACUAAAUGCAACCAUGUCACGCAUUGCUGACUCACUGGAGCAGAUCACUACUAAAAUAAUACAAUAAUAAAACGUUAAAAAAUGAACCUUGACUGAGUUUCCCAUCUAUAGUGUGUCAAUGACACGUUGUCGGGCCCGAAUGGCAGCUGCAUGGGGUUGCACAAGGGGGGGGGCUGGCUCUGGGUCGUCUGCUGGCUCCUCCACCUCUGCCAGUGGGACGCCAUGGCGGUGCGCCAGAUUGUGCAAGGUGGCACAAGCAAUAAUGAUGCGGCCCACCUUGUCGGGGCGGUACAGCAGCAUCCCCCCGCUCCUGUCCAGGCAGCGCCACCGACAUUUCAGCUGCCCGAUCGCUCGCUCUACAACAGCUCUAGUGAUGGUAUGAGCGUGGUUGUAAGCGAGUUCUCGGGCAGUCUGGGGGUUGGUGAGGGGGGUCAUCAACCACCCCUUCAGUGGAUAGCCGCUGUCACCUGAUGGGUUGUCAAUAGACACAUUAAUGAAUAGAAUAGACUUCAUUGAUCUCCCAGAGGAGAAAUUCAGUCCUGCAGCAGCCGAAACGCACACACACGCUCAACGGUCUAUACAACUAAAUUAAAAAAUGGAAAUAACCAAUAAAUAACUGAAGAACUGUGAAGUGGCUUUAUUUUCGACAUUGUAAGCGAUCACUCACCAAGGAGCCAUCCAUCCUGCACCCUGCCAGCUUGGAGCCUCAUCCCCACCAGGCUGUUGGUGAGGAUGAAGGAGUCGUGGGUCGAGCCAGGCCACCUUGCCACAACAUUUGUGAAGCAUCUGUGCGUCACAUAUGAUCUGCACGUUGAUGGAAUGAAAGUUUUUGCGAUUGACAUACGCAAAUUCAUCCACCGAUGGCGCCUUUAUUGCAAUGUGUGUGCAGUCAAUCACACCGAUUACAUUAGGGAAACUGGCAAUUGCUGCAAAUUGCGUUUUAAUAUUUGCAAGGUCAGCUGCACCAUACGGGAAUCUGAUGUACCUGCCGAACUUGCGGAUGAUCCCGUCCCAUACAGCUGGCAUUGCACGGCUCAGUGCGGACUGGCUUAUUCCUGACCGGUCUGCCAACUCGCGCUGGUAGGACCCGGUAGCCAGGAAACCAAGUGUGGUCAGCACUUGCAGGGGGACAGGUAGUGCGUGGCUCCUCCUUGUUCCCUCUCCAAACUUGGACCCAACUCAGCACAGAGUUCCAAGAGGAUUGCUCUUGGAAAUCUGAAACGGCUGACCAGCCAGUCAUCAUCGUGGGCCAGUAAAUCAGUGUGGUCCCUGAAGAUGCGCUCCCUCCUGAUUCUCCCAUUAUUGCAGUCGUCUACCACGAGCAGCAAUGCCAUUGUGAUUUGCACAGGUUACGUUGUCCUGCGCCGACCUUUAUAUGUUCAGACCAUGUGGUUAAUUGUGUAAUUGGUGCAGUUCCACCCGUGUGUCACUUAUUUGAUGAUUGGGGACUGUCGUGUCCUUCAUGUGGUCGUGAACUUAUUGUUGACGUCACGUUUCCUCAUAUCCUGCACUUCACUGCAUCACCAGUGAGUGUCGCCAACGGACAGAACCUCAGAAAAGUGCGUGUAACAGCCUUGAUGUGUGAGUGCCGGACCGCAGCUUUCUACGUUCACGUCAUUCUUUGUACAUCCGACCGUGAGCGUUGAAAGUGGCGAACGCACGUUUUUUGUGCGCCGCACUCUUAGUACAUAAGGCCCCAGGAUUCCUUGUGAACAGAGCAUGUGCAGAAAACAAAUUCCAGUUCCGUUUGAUGGGGAAAUUCUGUUUGGUGUUUACAUGACCCAAUAUUCAGAACCUUCCCAACCCCCAGACCUGUAGAGGAAUUGGAUAAAGCCGAACAAACGUGUUUUCCAUGUAAACCUUAAUUCGGAAUUAUUUAAUUCAGAAUAAUUAAUUCGGAAUUAAAAAACAUCAUGUAACCGUGGCCAGUGUGGAAGUUAGGUGGUCGGUGGUUGGUGAAGCUGAGCGGCUUAAUUUUCAUCUGUUUCGUUGGAUCAUAUUUGGUUAAUGAUUGAGUCACUGGUCAAUACUGCUCCCAUGACUUCCCGUUGCUCCAUUUCAUCCGUGAUAUUAAGCAUUGAGGCUCUUUACCCAAAGAUGGACGAAAUCAACGCAGGAUAUGGACACAAAGCUCCGCCCGUCUCUGUUUCAAAUAGAGAGUAUAAAUGUAAAUGUACCGCAGCUCUAGCUGCACCUUAUU